AUGCCCACCACCCUCGUCACCGGUUCCACAGGCUUUGUGGGAGCCAGCGUUGUCGAUGAACUUCUCCGCCAAAGUCACUCCCUGAUUCUGGCUGUCCGUUCCCCGUCUUCCGCCAAAGCGCUCAUUGAGAAUAACCCCUCCUGGCCAGCGUCUGCCCUCACAGUCUUCGCCGUCCCUGAUUUCACCGAUCCAGGAGCGUUUGACUCGGUCUUCCAAAAACAUCCGGAGAUCGAGUACAUUGUGCACGUGGCAGCCCCGAUGCUUGAUAACCCUGCUCACACGGACUUUGUCGAGCAUUUUGAAAAGCCCAGCGUGCUCGGAAAUUUGGAACUGCUGAAGAGUGCGAAGGAAUAUGGCAAAAACGUCAAGGCGAUCAGCGUUACGGGGAGUUUGAAUGCGAUCACGACGGGGAGUCAGGAGGAUGUGAAGAGCAGAGUGUUUGGGAACAAGGAGUGGUUACCCCUAGGAAGGGAAGACGCCAUCCAAGCCAAUCACAACUAUGCAAAGGCGAUCUGGAGAUUUGUCAAGGAGGAGCGACCUUCAUUCACAGUCACCAAUUUCAUGCCACCCUUGAUCUGGGGACCGAUGCUGCAGCCGGUCAAGGAUAUUGGGAGGAUCAACUUCAGCAACUCGCUGAUUAAGGCGAUCAUGGACAGUAAGAGCUCGGAAACUGGCAAAGUGCCGAACUCUGCGUUCCCGGCAUGGAUCGACGUCCGUGACCUCGCCAAACUCCAGAUUCUGGCUCUCACCACGCCAGGAGCAGCAGAUAAACGUUUCCUUGUCGGGCGAACCAUGAUCUUCAACCACGUUGCAGAUGUACUUCGAAACGAUGCGCAGCUGGGUCUGGCUGACAGGGUCGGUGAGGAUAACGAUGAGGCGAGCACUUUGACUUUGCCGAGGUUGGAUAUCAGCGAGGUGGAGGAGGUGUUCAAGUACAAGUGGACGCCAUUGUCCGAGACGGCGCAGGAUGCGGCUGCUUCUCUGCUGGAGAUUGAGGAGAGACCUUGA